CUUGCCCAUAAUGUUUUUGCUUACUUUCAUGUCAGUUAGGUGCCGCCUUCUCUUCGCUCGCUCACUCUCCAUUUAUUCUCUCUUUACACGUAACUCUCUGUACAGUCUUUUCUUAGUCUUCUCACACCCGUACACCUGGACUUCAACUGUUUUGUUCCAUUAAAGCCAUGGUGUGACACUAUUUACUGCAGCUCCACUGUCCCAUUCCUCUGCUCUGGAAGCAGCAGAGUUUCAAGAAUUUCCUAAAUAAAAUCUUUCAUGGUGAAUUGUAGGGUAAUUUGAUUUUGUUGUUGAGGUUAUAAAUUAAAAAAGGAUGGCUUACCAAAGGAGGGGAUCGGACCUCCAACCGCAGAGGCGUAUUCUGCGGACACAGACUGCUGGUAAUCUAGGGGAGUCUAUGAUGGACAGUGAGGUGGUUCCAUCAUCACUGGUAGAGAUUGCACCAAUUCUACGUGUUGCCAAUGAGGUCGAGCCAACUAAUCCCAGGGUCGCUUAUCUCUGUCGGUUUUAUGCCUUUGAGAAAGCUCACCGUUUGGAUCCAACAUCAAGUGGACGAGGAGUCCGUCAGUUCAAAACAGCCCUGCUUCAACGUUUGGAAAGGGAAAAUGAUACAACAAUAGCUGGAAGGACAAAGAGUGAUGCUCGAGAAAUGCAGAGUUUCUAUCAGCACUACUACAGGAAGUAUAUUCAGGCGUUGCAUGCUGCUGAUAAAGCUGAUCGUGCUCGACUCACAAAAGCAUACCAAACUGCUGCUGUACUUUUUGAGGUCUUGAAGGCCGUUAAUUUGACAGAAGCAGUUGAAGUUGCUGAUGAGAUUUUGGAAGCUCACACAAAGGUUACAGAGAAGACAGCAAUUUAUGUCCCUUAUAAUAUACUACCCCUGGAUCCUGACAGUGCAAGUCAAGCAAUUAUGAGAUAUCCUGAGAUUCAAGCUUCAGUUUCCGCACUUCGUAAUAUUAGAGGACUACCAUGGCCUAAGGGUCAUAAGAAAAAAGUUGAUGAGGAUAUUUUAGAUUGGCUUCAGGUUAUGUUUGGUUUUCAGAAGCAUAAUGUAUCAAAUCAGCGGGAACACUUAAUCUUGUUGCUGGCAAAUGUGCACAUUCGUCAAUUUCCAAAGCCUGAUCAGCAGCCCAAUUUCAUGGCCGUUGUAUAUGGAAAGAAGGAUAAAGAAGUAGCAGUCACGAGUGUUGUCAAAACCCACAAGAGUAUGAAAACGUUACCAGGAUAA